AUGGAAGCUUACGGCAAGGUUAUCGAGGUAUUUUUGAACUCGUCAGAUUAUCUCGCAUUUGUUUGGGCUGCAUGUAACUUCUCCGAAGCUUUCAACUCCCUUAUGGAUGCUUACUUGCAGAUUGGAGAGCUACUCCCCCAGCUCCAAGUAUAUCAGCAGCAUUCUGUCUCAAACCCCUAUAUGAGAACAGUUUUGGCUCUUAUGUACAAAGACAUCCUGGAGUUUCACCGUGUAGCGCUUAAGUAUUUUCGCAAGUCAAAUUGGUACAAGCUGUUUGAUGCUGUCUGGAGUGCAUUUCUUGUCAAGCUCCGCGAACUGAAGGAGAAGAUGGAACGCCACAAGCAUCUUAUUGAAUCGCAAGCUUCUAUUGUUCAAUUUGAAGAGGCGCAGAAGUUUCGUGAGAUAGUGGAGGCCAACUUCAAAGAGCUGCAAACUGAGUUUGAUCGGCAACCAAAUUCAAUGUGCGAAUGCAAGAAGCGACUGCGCGAGUUCUGGGCAGUGGCUGAUUGA